AGACUAUACCAUUAUCAAGGUUAUUAGGUUAACUAAAAAUUAAGAAAUCCUCAAGAUGAUGGAAAUACUAGCACCGCUAAAGGAGCUUGCUCAGAACGAUCUGAAUGAGCCGGUGCGUAGCGAUAAUUUUGUCUUCAGACUCCAUUCAAGACUAACCGUUCUGCUGCUCACCGGCUGCGCCAUUCUCAUCAGCGCUAAGCAGUUCGUCGGCGAACCCAUCACCUGUAUAACUCAUGGGAGCAGUCUUGCGCAGAAGCCGAGCCGGUGAACGCGUACUGUUGGAUCUAUAGUACGUUCACCGUGCGCAGACACUUACGGGGUAUCCCAGGUCGAGAGGUCGUAGCUCCAGGAGUUGCUCAGGCGCGCGAAGGCGACGAGAUCCUCCAACAUCGAUACUACCAAUGGGUUAGUCGAUUACGUCGUUGAGGAACGCAUUGACGACGUGUUCACAUGAUGCAGGUGUGUCUGGUGUUGGUACUGCAAGCGCUGGCGUUCUACACUCCCAGGGCACUCUGGAGAAGCUGGGAGGCUGGACUCAUCCAGGAGUUAAGCGGUAUCGAAAGUCGCGAUAAAAUUAUUGACUACUUUGUGGAGAACCGAUCCAUCAGAAGAGCGCAGAACAAUCUGUACGCUUUAAAGUUCUUUUGCUGCGAGAUACUGAAUUUUCUGAACACGCUAAGCCAAAUGUAUCUACUGGACGCUUUCCUUGAGGGCCAGUUUAGACACUAUGGUCCCGCGGUGAUAAGUUCAGCUCUGACCUCGACUAACGCACCAAAAGGCGGAUUCACAAAUCCACUACUGCAGCAACAAGUAAACCCGAUGGCUCGACUCUUUCCCAAAUUGGCCAAGUGCACCCUCCACACCUUCGGCCCAGGUGGAUCCAGUCAGACCCACGACGCGCUCUGUGUCCUGCCGUUAAAUGUCGUCAACGAGAAGAUCUUCGUCUUCCUCUGGUUCUGGCUUGUAUUCUUAGCCAUUGCCGGAGCACUCGCGCUAUUUUACAGAGUAACGGUGCUGAGUCAGCCCUGGGCUCGACGAAUCCUCCUUCGUGCGAGUGCUCGAGGUCUUUCAAACGCCACGAUCACCUCGCUUCAGCUGAACCACUUCUUGGGUUUCGGCGACUGGUUCGUGCUACGUCGACUUGCAGCUGAUCCACUCAUCCUUCGUGCCCUUGCAGAUGCCCUGGCUAAGGCCAAGACCGGCGAUCUCGAUACUGCUGCUUAACAUGCAUACGUAAUAUUGACUGUGGAUCGAAUAAAUGCAAUAAUACAUUGUU